UGUCUAGUCUAUCUAUUUAGCUUCACUUUCAGACACUUACGGCAUCUGUCGAAUCUUGAAAAUGGAUCAUCAGAUCGACAAACCCAUGUCGGUCUUCUUGUUUCUCUCCAUAAUCUUUGGUAUUGCUUCUGCACAAAUUUGCUCUGAAACCGCAGGUUCUUUCAGACCGAACGCCACCUACGACACCAACCGCCGUCUCGUUCUGUCGUCUCUUCCAUCGAGUGCAUCGGCUCAAGCCUUCUUCUAUAACGAUUCGGUCUCUGGCCAAGAUCCGAACAGAGUGUACGCAAUGGGGAUGUGCAUGCCAUUGCCGGCCACUAAACCAGAUGACUGCUCCGAAUGCAUCAAGACAACGUCCGAGGAGGUGAUACAGAGCUGUCCGAAUCAGACAGAAGCUUAUUCAUGGUCUGCAGGCGAUACAACACGCUGCCUUGUGCGCUACGCCAACCGUUCCUUCGUCGGGACGAUGGAUUUGGAGCCGUCUCAAAAAGGAAUCAACGAUGGAAACGUGACGGGGAACAUGACGGAUUUCGAUCGGAUCUGGGAAGAGUUGAUGCUUCGGGUAAUAGCUUCGGCUUCCGCCGAGACAUUUCGGCGUAAAUUCGCUGCCGAUAUCGCCGAUUGGACGAAUCUUCAACGGAUAUACGCGUUGAUGCAAUGCACUUUAGAUCUUGCUCCGGGAGAUUGCAGUGACUGUCUGAGAGAGAGUGUUCGUAGCUACCAGGGAUGCUGCCAUGGAAAGCGAGGAGGCGUCGUCCGAAGGCCGAGCUGUUUCUUCCGGUGGGAUAUGUAUCCUUUCCUCGGAGCUUUCGACAACAUUACAAGGUCUACUCCCCAAGACAAUGGAGCAAACACAAUCAAGAAAGGAAAUUCGUCGGGAACUAUUGUUGCGAUUGUGGUUCCGAUAGUUGUGGUAGUCUUGGUACUGGUUGUUGUUCGGAGACGGAGAAAAUCGUACCGAGACAUUGAUCUUGAAAAUGAUGACGAUAUGUCAAGUACAAACUCGCUGCAGUUCGAUUUUAAGACGAUCGAAGCUGCAACGAAUCGAUUUUCAAAGAGUAACAGGCUCGGUCAUGGCGGAUUCGGUGAAGUUUUUAAGGGUACACUCAUGAAUGGAACUGAAGUGGCAGAGAAGAGGCUGUCGAAAACAUCGGGACAAGGUGACAAAGAGUUCAAGACAGAGGCCGUCCUCGUGGCAAAGCUUCAGCACAGAAACCUUGUCAGGCUCCUCGGAUUUUGCGUGAAAGGAGAAGAGAAGCUACUUGUCUACGAGUUCGUUCCCAACAAAAGCCUCGACUAUUUCCUGUCUGAUCCUGCAAAGAAAGGUCAGCUCGAUUGGAUAACAGGGUACAAGAUCAUCGCAGGGAUUGCUCGAGGAAUUCUAUACCUUCAUCAAGAUUCACGUCUCACUAUCAUACACCGUGACCUCAAGGCCAGUAACAUUCUCUUAGAUGCUGAUAUGAACCCAAAAAUCGCAGACUUUGGCAUGGCCAAGAUUUUCGGUGCGGACCAGACUCGAGCCGAUACAAGCAGGAUAGUUGGAACCUACGGAUAUAUGUCGCCCGAAUACGCGAUGCAUGGUCAGUUCUCCAUGAAAUCCGAUGUCUAUAGCUUCGGGAUCAUACUUCUGGAGAUCGUGAGCGGCCAGAUGAAUAGCAGUUUCAACAAUCUCGACGGUACUGCUGGAAGUUUAGUCUCGCAUGCUUGGAGGCUAUGGAAAAAUGGGUCGCCGCUAGAACUCGUGGACACGACCAUCGGAGAGAGUUAUCAGAGCAGCGAAGCUACGAGAUGCAUACAUAUCGGUCUAUUAUGCGUUCAAGAAGAUCCAGCAGAUCGUCCGGCGAUGUCGACGGCGAUCUUGAUGCUGACCAGCGACACGAUCACUUUGCCGAUUCCCCGACAACCUGGAUUUUUCUUGCAAAGAAGAUUAGGUCUGGACACGGUUUCUCAGGGCGUGGAGUCUGGUACUCAAUCCGUCAAUGAAGCAUCUAUUACUGAUUUGGAUCCUCUUGGAAGAUGAUGUUCUCUGGUAUCAUAGUUAGCGAUGUUUGUUUGGUUUCUUGGGACGUAAGUAACCCGAUUCAAGAAGGCAAGAUGGAAAGUUUUGCCUGGUUUCUGUUUAUAUUGUUCUUCAAUG